AUGGGCUGCUUCUCGCCUGCCCGGGGACACCGCAACAUCUCUCAAGAAGUGACAGCAUACCUUCUCCCACACCCAAUCUGUCCGACAUCAGUCCCUAGCAAAUCACGCGUCCAGCUCACCCACACAGGGUCAUCAGCCAUAAAGUACCAGGUGGCCCAUGUCUCUGGCUCCACGCAGCUCAUGGGCUUCUUCACGCCUGCCCGGAGACACCGCAACAUCUCUCAAGAAGUGACACCGUACCUUCUCCCACACCCAAUCUGUCCGACAUCAGUCCCUAGCAAAUCACGCGUCCAGCUCACCCACACAGGGUUAUCAGCCAUAAAUUACCAGGUGGCCCAUGUCUCUGGCUCGUGGCCCAUGUCUCUGGCUCUGAUCAACGGCGAUCGGCUAGUGGCGGACCUGCGCGAUUUCCAAGACCUGCUGAUGAUCAAGAAACGCGAUCUGGAUGAAUGGGCACGACAGGAGAAGGCUGCUCAAGCAGCGUUCCUGACGCUUGCUCCGUCUCCGACUCAGCAGAACUCGACGCUACCUGCUCAAGCUGCUGGCUGCCUCGUGUUCACCACUGAGCGCAUCGAGUCGCUGCAAGCAGAGAACAAGAAGCUGCGUCAACAGUUCCGAGACCUCCACAAACAGCAGAACGUGCUUGCUAAGGAGAAGCGUCAGCAGCAAGAAGCCAUUGCAAGAGAUCAGGACCGCAGCGAGCAGCUCAUGCGACUGAAAUUUGGACAGCUAGUGGACCUGGAGGUGCUGGAUCGCGCUUGUGACGCGUCUUCGGUGGACGAGUUGCAGACUCGUGUCAAGUUACGCGAGGUCGAAGGAGGGCGAACAACAAUCAUGGAUCUCGGCGAAAGUCUUGUGGAGUUGGAAGAGAACGAAGAACUGGCUUAA